ACUGGAGCUGAAAGCCAAAAACCUGGUCUCAGUUCCUAGACCAAGCGUUGUGGAUGCGAAGCCCAGUGAGAAUGAAUGCAAGGUAUUAGUGAAUUUGGUACAGGAGUUCGGACAGGAGACUACAUUUCAUGGCAUGAAUGUCAUGCUCUCGCCAGGAGCGGGAAGAUUCGAACGUGUCCUCAGCACAAUUGCUUUCAUAGUCGCUUUAAUACUUCUCGUCUGUGUAUGCCUCUUUCUCGCCUCUCGCUUUUCGAAACGACAAUUCAAGACAGUCGUCGAAGACACACACUUUCCAUUGUACAAGGUUAAGUUUCCCGAAGUGACGAUCUGCAAUAAAAAUCGGCUCAAUUGGUCGCGGCUGCAGGAGGCCAAAGCCAAGUUUCUGUUGCCAGCACAUCGUAAUACCUCGAAAGAGGAACUCUUCACCGAAAUUAUUGGACUCUAUGAUACUUUCACCUUCGGCAGAUUCGAUCGUUUUGAAACGUUGGGGAAAGCACCGUUACAUGAAUUGAAUUAUGUUAAUUUCACCGCCGUGGCACGCUUUAUGGCUUGGCGUUGUUGGGAGCUACUCACGAAUUGUCAGUGGCGGAGCCAUGUGCAUAAAUGUUGUGACAUCUUCAUGGAGCGACGUUCCCAAUUGGGGUUCUGCUUGGCGUUUAAUACUAUUGAGGUGCCCAAACAUUAUAUCAACGAUUCAACUUGGCCGUGGCGCACAGAUAAAGGUGGACGCAGUUCUGGGUUACGUCUCAAAGUUGUGAUGAAUGAACAACAACAUUUGACGGGUGGCAUUGAUGGUGUAACGGUGAUGAUUGUCGAACCAAAUGUUUGGUAUUAUAUACCCAUUGAUAUACCGGGCCAAACAAGAACACGCUUAACCCUGGAUGCUUUCCUUAAUAAAUACGAUGAAGAAACGAGACGUGUGUCAUCCAGCGUGAGAGGCUGUGUAUUCAAGGAUGAACAAAAUAGCGAUGAUUUUAAAACUCUUCAUGGCCAUAGAUAUCGUUUCGAAAACUGUCAAGCUCAAUGUCAACAGGAGCAUCUCAAGAAGUAUUGUAACUGUACGCUGGAUAUUUUUUAUCCUCCUAGUCCUUUUCCACAAUGUCAACUCGUUGAUUUGCCGUGCCUAGCGAAGUAUAAUAACUACCUUAUCAACUUCGAGAUACCAGGCCAAGAGAAAUAUAUGAUCAACAAAUAUCCUGGUAUUGUUUGUAGCUGCUUUGUGAGCUGUGAUUCGUUGCGCUAUUUAAUUGCGAUUAAAACGAGACCACUUACACCGGCGGAAGCUGUAGCCAAUAGAUCAGUGGUCGACUUGGAGGUAUAUUUUGACCGAGAUUUUAUAAUAAAAUAUCGAACAAGUUUAAUAUUCACUUGGGUGGAUUUAAUAGUUUCCUUUGGCGGCACGACUGGGUUAUUUCUGGGCUGUUCGUUAAUUAGUUUGGUUGAACUUGUGUACUUUUUCUUUAUCAAAGCACCACGUCGCAUAAGAAUGGAGCAUGAGCGACCACUUCAGUUGAAACGGAGACCGUCUAAGGUCGAGCAGAGCAAAAUUAAAUUGCAGGAAUACCGUGAAAUGUAUAAACUACAGCAAAAAUAUUAAG